AUGAUUUUAAGGAAAAGGGUAAGGAGAAGGUUGUUACGGGAACCAAGUGCCCAUAAUCCCAUUUAUAGACUUGAACAUUUGGAUGGUAUGAUUGUUAGAAGUGAUAUUGCUUGCAUUGAACAACUAAGGAUGGACCGUCGUACGUCUAAUGUCCUUGCUUCAAUGAUUCGUGAAAUUGGGGGGUUAAGUGAUACUAAGAAUAUGGUAGUGGAGGAAAUGCUUGCCAUGUUCUUACAUAUCCUUGCAUUUGAAGAGAAAAAUAGGGAGAUAAAGUAUGAUUUUCAUCGAUCGGGAGAAACUAUUAGUAGGCAUUUCCAUGAUGUUUUGAGAGCUGUUCUUCAACUUUCGAGUAUUUUGCUUAAGAAGCCUGUUCCAAUUCCAGAAGAUUGUGAUGAUGAUAGGUGGAAGUGGUUCACGAAUUGCAUAGGAGCAUUAGACGGGACUUUAAUUAAUGUGAAUGUGCCGGUGAUUGACAAGUCAAGGCAUAGAUCAAGGAAAAAUACCAUUUCCACCAAUGUUUUAGGGGCUUGUGCACCGGAUAUGCAAUUUAUCUAUGUAUUGGCUGGUAAUUAUUAUCUAGCAGAUGCAGGAUAUAAGCAUUUUGAAGGAUUUCUUGUCCCAUAUAGAAACACACCUUAUCAUGAAUGGAGAAAUGGGAGUGAACAACCAAAUACACGAGAAGUGAUAUUCAAUAUGAGGCAUGCUUCGGCUAGGAAUGUUAUUGAACGUGCUUUUGGGUUAUUGAAAAUAAGAUGGGCUGCUCUCUCUAAAGGCACCAAGUACCCUCUUAACACCCAAAUAGAUAUUAUAUUGGCUUGUGUUUAUAUUCACAAUCAUAUUCGCCAACAAAUGAGCAUUGAUCCCAUCAAAGCAGAGUUAGAUGACAUUAGAGAAGAUGAAGGAAAUGAUGAGGGUGAAAAUGCUGGAGAGUUUAUUCAAAACUUAGAUGCUACUAAUGCAUGGUCUAUUUUCAGAAAUGGUUUAGCUCAAAACAUGUAUAAUUCAUGGUUGGCUAGGAGAAAUCAACAAUGA